UAGGUCUCUGGAUACCCAUUGGCCGCUCUUCGCUUCGAACCAAGCCUUAGACCACCCGAUCUGGACCUGUAUCCUUCAAGACCUCGCCUGGGUCUAUUCUUUCCGCAAUUUGCACGCAUUUUGGCGCCCCUCCGGAUCUCAUGAAAACGCAUAAGGCUUGCGAUCAUCCUGCAUGAUAGAUUUUCCUAGUCCUGUUUUGGGCCCUCUUUUUUCUUUUUGUUUCCAUCGGUAUUGUUUAGAAUUCUGGGUUGUCCAUGGUUGCCGGCACGUUCAGCGAAAUUGCGGGUUACAGGCGUUUUCGUUCCUUUCACUGCAGUGUCACAGAGCACUUUACGAUUUUAUUUCUCAUCCAGCGCUGCACCUCAAGAAUGGACGGAGGGCACACUUGCAUGCACUUGUUAAUGGUUUAUUCUCUGGGGCUGUCUAUCGUUCUCGGUGCGCUGGGUUACUCGACGCUUCCAUUACGAAUGGUCUGUCUCAAGCCAUGUCCGCCCCGUCAUCAUCUCGGCAGCGGUAUGCAACACUCACCAUCUUGGAGCGUCUGCGUGUAACGUUUCACAUCACGACUUCUUACUUUUCGAUCAUCGCCUUCCGCUGUAGCCGGGUUGUAAUUAAUGGCAUAGGAUCAAUGACUGGCGUCGCUUUCUUUUCCUUCCUUCUCGGAGCGGCGGAAAAUACCUCUUUCUUUUUUUUAUCAUGGUUCCAAUACCACACAUGGCAUUGUUUUGGGCAACGGGGUGGGAACAACUGUUUGGUGUAUUAUUGCGAGAAAUAGCAGAGGCUUCGAUAGUUGCAACAGCACAAAAUGCGAAAAAAAAGGUCCCUGGAAUGCGGCAUUGCCGCGUGGAAAACACUUCUUCAGCUCUUCGAUGUUGUGAUGAUGCAUUUGAGCAAUGGUUACAAUGAGUGUUGUCUCACGU